AUGAAUAGAAGUGCGACAGUCAUGUUCGAGGAGAAUGAAAAGAAAAAGAGGAAGCUCUUUGAGGACACGCCCAACUACGACGCCAACUUCUUAUCUAAUUACGUGAACGAGUUUAGUAUAAACAACGUUGGUUUCCCCGGGGUGGCUGGCAAUGAGAUUAAGAGCAACGAUAUAUGCGCCGGUCAGGUGGGUGCAAAUCAGCAGUGCGGCGGCGCGAUAUGUGUAAACAAUCUGGGGACGACCCACCUGGGUGUGCAUCAAAACUUAUUUGACGCACAGGCGGAAGGCAGUAAGGAUCACCCCUCCCUGAACGUGCCCGACAACUGCAACAGCGUCCACUUUAACAAAAAUGUGCUAAUCAACAGUAUCGAUGUGCUUUUAAAUUUUAUAAAUUACAGCUGCCUCAAUGAAAGUAUAAAACAUGAAGUCCUCUACGACAAUUUGUUGAAUUUGCGUUUUCAUAUCCUCAGUUUAAAUGACGAAAAAUUCAAUCAGAAAAAGAUUACUGAAUAUUUUUUUAAAAUGUAA